CGUUGGACUAUAAAGUGUCAAAUCUUGAACUUUUUUGUAAUACAAUACUUAACUUAAAUAAAGUGCGAUGAAGGAGCAAGAAGCCAAGUCCUCGUCAGCCAGGGUGGACUGCGACGAGUUGCUGGCGCGGCUCGGCGGCUGGUUCCGAGCCAGGGUGCUGCUGUGUGCUGCGCUGGCCGCCGUGCAGGUCGGCCUGCUGCACACCACCUACAUCUUCCUGGCUGCCGACGUGCCCUACAGAUGCAUGGUCCCCGAGUGCGAAGCGCCCAACAGCACUGAGUUCAGCGCGGCAUGGACGGCGGCAGCACUGCCCGAGCACGGCCGCGCGCACCGAUGUUCCCGCAGGGUCCCACUCGACCCCACCCUCCCCUGCGAGGCUAACAGCGCAUUCAGUGAAGAUGCAGUAACUUGUGACCAGUGGCUGUACGCUUCCGCUAAUACCAUCGUGACCGAGUUCAACCUAGCCUGCCAGGAGUGGAAGCGGACGCUGGUCGGCACCAUCCACAAUAUAGGCAUGCUGGUGUCGCUGCCCAUCCUCGGCUACGUCUCUGACCGUUGGGGCCGUAAAACAGCGCUGAUCCUGUCAUGCGUGCUCGUGGGGGCCAUUGGCUCUCUAAAGGCAUUCUCCAUCUCCUACGAGAUGUACGUCAUCGUGGAGUUCCUGGAGACGGUGGCUGGUGCUAGCGCUUUCCCUGCUGCCUUCAUUAUGACGAUCGAGCUCCUCGGCCAAGAGAAGCGAGUGUUAACUACAGCCUUCCUCGGCAUCAUGCUCGUCAUCGGCGGCCUGAGCUUCGCGCUCCUCGCCAAGGCCUUCCAGUACUGGCGCACCUUCAUCCUCGUUGUCUACCCACCUUCCCUCCUCUUCCUUCUUUAUAUAUACUUCCUCCCAGAAAGCAUUAGAUGGCUACUCUCUAAAGGACGUAAGGAAGACGCUUUAGAAAUUAUAACUAAAGCAGCGAAGAUGAAUGAUGUAUCUCUUUCGGAAGAGACGAUUAAACAGCUUCAAGAAGCUAAAGCGCCUGUGGAAAAGAAAGAAGAAGAAGUAGGAUUAUGGAUGCAAGUGUUCAGGUCUCCGAUCAUCAUGCGGCGCCUAGCGAUCUGCUCGUGGUGGUGGAUCACUUGCACAUUCGUGUUCUACGGGCUCGCCAUCAACUCGGUGUCGCUGGCGGGCGACAAGUACACCAACUACAUGCUGGUGGUGUCCGUGGAGGUGAUCGCGGUGGUCACCAACGCGCUGGUGCUGGACCGAAUUGGGCGCAAGCGAACGCUGCUCAUCGCGUAUAUUGUUUGUGGGAUUUCUUGCGUUGCCAUCGCUUUUGUGCCUCGUUCGAUGUCGUGGCUAGCGACACUGCUGUACCUGGUGGGCAAGAUCGCCAUCACGCAAGCCUUCAGCGGCGUAUAUAUGUACACGUCAGAGCUAUUUCCCACGCACGCGCGCCACAGUUUGCUGGGAUUCUGCUCUAUGGUCGGCAGACUUGGCUCUAUCGUGGCUCCACAAAUGCCUCUACUGGCAAUCUACGUAGAGUGGCUUCCAUCGGUCCUGUUCGGCAGCACAGCACUAGUGGCAGGCGCUCUCAUGCUGACCACGCCAGAAACCCUCAACACUCGGUUACCUGACACCAUUCAAGAGGCUGAAGAGCUUGCCAACCAACAUAAGAAGCCUGAAAACUUGGAGAUGAAAGCCUGCUAGCGCCUUCACUCUUCAGACCAGCUUUU